AUGGGCAUCAGGUGCUCAACUGCAAAAUUUUUUUGCUCAAUGCUAAUGUUUUCUGAGGUUACAAAUGCAUAUGAAUUGUGGGAGAAUCAUUGGUUUGACCUUACUGAUGAUUUGCAAAAUAGGGUACAAAGGCAAAUUGGGGAUGGCAAUAUGCGUCUCGAAGAAUAUGAAUUGAAAAAUUUAGGAUUGCUUGAAAUUGAGCACAUACUAAAUCAAAAUGGAAGAUCUCUUAAAGAGUUUCCUCCAAUGCCUCUACCAUCAUAUCGAUCAGGUCAAAUGGUUACUAAUAGACUCAUAAAGGAGGAAUUGAACUACGAUAGCAUUUCAGAAAUGCAAUCUUUUGAAUCUUUAUAUGUGGGAUUGAAUGAUGACCAAUUGAAAGUGUUUAACACCAUAAUGGAAGCUUAUUCCACUCAUCAUGGGGGCUUAUUUUUUGUGUAUGGGAGUGGAGGAACUAGAAAGACAUAUUUAUGGAGCACUUUAAUCGCAAAAUUUCGAUUUGAUAAGAAGAUCAUUCUUUCUGUUGCUUCAUCAGGUGUUGCAGCUUUGCUCUUACCCGGGGGACAAAUUGCCCAUUCCUGUUUCAAGAUUCCACUUGACCUUAAUAACUCAUCAUGUUGUUCAAUAAAUCAAGGGACAUAUUUGGCAAGGUUAAUUCAAGAGGCGUCGUUAAUUAUAUGGGACGAAGCACCAAUGGUUAGUCGUCAUGCUUUUAAAACUAUUGAUCGUACAUUUAGGGACAUAUUGAAAAAUACAGAACAUUGUUCAGGGGAUAAGGUUUUUGCUGGAAAACUAUUUGUGCUUGGUGGUGACUUUAGACAAAUAUUGCUUAUCGUACCUAGAGGUGGACGUGAACAAAUAAUGGAAGCUUCAUUACCUAAGUCAACAAUUUGGGAGCAUUGUCAAAUUUUGCAUCUUACCAGAAAUAUGCGUGUUACAGCACAAGAUAUUUCUAAUCAUAUGCGUCAUGAAUUACGUGGCUUUGUAGAGUGGAUUAAAUUGGUUGGUGAAGGGAAAAUAAUGGGAAGCUCAUUUAGUGAAGGCUAUGAACCUAAUUAG